AUGUCGCAGUCAUCGACUCAGAACAGCGAGGGGAACGUGGUGAGCCGUGCGGCUCGCCUGCCUCUGCUCAGCUCAGUGCUGCAGAGAGUGACCUCGGUGUACGCUGAUGUAAAGGGGCGCUACGCGCUGGUAGGCCUGGUGGGAGGUGUGGCGGAGAUAGGUCUCCGCAACGUGUCCCAGGCCACUGCCCGUCGCGCGGAGCCCCUCCUGCAGAGCCUGGAGCCCCAGAUCAGACUAGCCAACAGCUAUGCGUGCAUGGGCCUGGACCAGCUGGAGAAAAACCUUCCCAUCCUGCACCAGUCUGUAGAGGAGGUAAUGGGUCACUUAAAGGACGCCUUUUUCCUGACCCUGGACGACCUGCAGGUGCGAGUGAAUGAGGAACUGGACAGGAUUUUGGAGAGAACAGAGAGACUGGUGGAUGGGACCCAGGCGGCGUUUGGCGUCCCGCUGGGGGCUCUGAGGGACUCCUCUGUGGGGGCUGCCCUGGCCUUGGGGUUUGACAAUCUGCUGACGCGUUCCGAGGAGGCCGCCCAGUACUACCUGCCUCUACCUGCUGAACUGCAGCGGCAGCUGGACCAGAAGGUGCAGAGCUACGAGGACGAGGAGGAGGGAGAUGAGCCAGGGACGUGGACCCGCGUGCGGAGCCUGAUGCUGUGCGUAAGCCUGUACCUGUACCACCAGGCCCUGCUGCUGAGGGGCAGCCUGCAGCAUGCUGUCAUCACGCUGGGGACACUGGCCGACCUGGUGGGUCUGACCCAGGUUACUGAGGCAGUCAUCACGCUGUCCCAGCGACUCCUGGCCUUUCUUGUGUCUCGGGGGGAGCAGCUGGAGUCUCUGAGGAUGCUGGUGGUGAGUCAGGUCUCUGAGGUGGCCCGCAUGAUCUUGGGACUGCGCCCCGUCAGUCUGGCUCUGGCUCUGCCGGCUGCGGUGCGGGACAACCUGGUGGUGCUGGUGAGCGACCUGCAGGAGCUGAGCAAGAUCCUGAUCCAGCUGCUGAUCAACACCACGCCGCUCUACAACAUGCUGCAGCAGCCAUCAGAGCAGCAGUUGGAGGACUACCUGAGCCAGGAAGACCUGUCCGAAAGCUGCGCCUCACGCCGCGGCUCCAGCAACAGCCUCUUCCUGAAAGCGCCGGACGGCCGCCCGCGCCGCCGUAGGAGCCUGUACGUCCGCUCUCGCCGCGGGUCGACCACCGCCAACGCCUCCGCCUCUGCCACCGUGCCCAGCCCAGUCAACGGCCGCAGGGGAAGCCUGAAGCUGGACAGCCAGCCCGCGUCGCAGCCGGAGCUCGACACCCUCGCUGUUCCCGUCACCGCCGCGGUGCGCCGCCGCUCCUCUGCCACCGAGGUCCUCCUGGCUCCCAUCAUGCAGCUUGUCUCCCAGGGCCAGCGGGCCUUCGAGUACCUCAGCCCUACCCCGCACCAAGAGGACACAGGAAUACCUGUGGUGCACACUACUGAGCACUAAGCCCC